GCUCUUUUAAUUAGUCCCCACCCAGACCCAAUUCAAACUUCAUCCCAAAGCCAGAGCCUUUGUCCUGCUUCUCUCCUCUCUCGUCGCCGUUUGCUUCACUCUCACUGCUCUUGCUUCCGUUGCUGCUGCUGCUCACGGGCGCAGGCUAGGCUAGCCCACCCAACCCACUGACUUGCUCGCGCGCUAGAUCUCCCCUUGAAACCCUAGCCAGACAGCAGGCCCUGCAAUGCCGGCGGAGUGAGGCGGCGAGUGGAUCGACCGAUGCAUCGGGUGGCCGCCGCGAUGGGGGACGGCGGCGGCGGCGAGGGGAGGGGGAGGACGCUAGGGGCGGUCAUCAAGGAGAAGGACGACGAGCUGGCGCUGUUCCUCGAGAUGCGCCGCCGCGACAAGGAGCGCGGCGCCGCCGAGCUGCUGCUCUCCGGCGACGGCGCCGACGCGGCCGGGGACGGGCUACUGCUGCUCGACCCUCCCCCUCAGCCGCCGCCGCCGCCGCCACCCGCCGAACCCAAGGCUGCGCCGGCGGCGUACAGGAUGGGCGGCGGAUUCAGGAGGGCGCCCGGCGGAGCUGACGACUUCCUCAAUUCGGACGCCGGGGACAAAAACGAUUACGACUGGCUUCUCACUCCACCUGGAACUCCACUAUUCCCAUCUCAUGAAGCUGCACCAAAAAGGUCUCCAGUAAGCCAAACUGGAACACCAAAGACUCGCCAAGCCGCCUUAAAAUCAAGGUUGGCCAAUCAUCAAGAUCCUCCAGCAAGAACCACACUUCCUUUGAGAACAGCAUCAUCGAACAGCUUGAACUCAGCUGUGACAACUCGUCGUCCGUCAUCAUCUGGAGGGCUUACGUCUAAUUCAUCUAGGCCUUCAACACCAACUGGACGUGCUGCAUUGACCACUACCUCCAAAGUUUCACGACCUUCAGCUCCCAAUUCUCGGGCAACUCUGCCUGCAAAGACUGGACCUACUGCCCCAAGAUCUUCGACGCCCACUUCCAGGUCAACACUUCCUUCAGCAAGGUCAACAACCCCUACGUCAAGGACCUCUGGCCCUGCUACCAGGACAUCGGUUCCUUCAGGCAGAGCAUCAGCACCUGCUAGCCGAUCAUCAACACCUACUUCAAGAUCAUCGAUACCUGCUACUAGGUCAACCACACCAUUGUCCAGGCCAUCCUUACCAGCACAGAGCAAUCCUGCAUCAAGGUCAUCAACUCCAACAAGACGAUCUUCUGCCCCUUCUGCCCUGCAUGGGAACUUGCCAGGACCAGUUCGACCUUCCUCAGUCUCAAGAUCAGGAUCUACAGUAUCCAAAAGUUCUGCACCGGCAGCGGCAACAAUAGCGCCACCAUCUUCAAGGGGUAGCUCACCUACUGUCAAAUCAAGAUCAUGGAAACCAUCUGAAAUGCCAGGCUUCUCACUUGAUGCGCCUCCAAAUCUGAGGACGUCGUUGCCAGAGAGACCAACCUCUGCUACUCGAGGUAGACCAGGAGCACCUAGUUCUAGAUCUUCCUCUGUGGAGCCUGGUCCAGCUGCUCGACCAAAACGUCAGUCUUGCUCUCCUUCAAGAGGGAGGACUUCAAACGGCAGCGUGCCUUCAGGGAGUUCCAUGCCGGCAGUGAGAAGAUCACAUCUUAAUGGAGGUGACAGUGUGAACCCAGUUCAAAUGGGUAAUAAGAUGGUUGAGAGGGUAGUGAACAUGAGAAGACUAGUUCCUCCAAAACAUGAUGAUCAAAGAUCCAGCCUCAAUAGUCUAUCUGGAAAAUCAUUAAAUUCUCCAGAUAGCUCUGGUUUUGGUAGGUCAUUGUCCAAAAAGUCAUUGGACAUGGCACUUCGGCACAUGGACAUACGCCGCAGCAUACCGAACAAUUUACGGCCUCUUAUGACGAGCAUUCCAGCGUCAUCUGUGCACAGCGCUCGGUCGGGAUCCACAAGGGGCAGGCCAAUGAGUGUUUCAGACUCCCCUCUUGCAACAAGCAGCAAUGCCAGCUCCGAGCCGAGCGUCAACAACAACCUGAUGUGCUUUGACAGUAUCGACAUUGACGAUGAGCUGUGCAGCGAUAGAGCAGGACAGUAUGGGCGGUGAUUUGCCACUUUGCUAGUAAAGAGUUCUGACUGUGAUGAAUAUUCAUGACCACUGAAUAUUCAGAGCGGCUGCAUAGAAGAUCAUCUCCAAGAUGACCUGAUGAGCUCUAUUCUCAUAUGUAGGUUAUUUGAGUGUCUAAUAUUUAUCCAUUCAUGUUAUGUGGGAGCUGCUCCAUGCCUGACUAUCAUCUGGACCUUAUAUGUUAUUGAUAAGAAUCUGUCUUUUUUUUCUGUUCCUUCUUCGACCAGUUCACUA